AUGAUCUCUCCCCCGCCACGAUUACGGCCGCUGCCGCUGCUGCUGCUGCUGUGUGUUCUACUUAUUUCUCUCGUUGCUUCUCGUCCCACUAUAGUUCACUGUGAUUCCCUCUCCACGGCAUGCUCGCCAACCACCACAGUACCCCUCGCUCCCCAUUGCAUUGAAUCGGAUCUCGACCACCCCCAUUCGGCUUCGUCCGGAUCCCCUGCGACCGCCGCCCUCGCGGUCUAUGAGCAUCUCACUCCCGCGGUCCACUCGGCGAGCUCGACAUUGGCAGUCGCUGCCGAGUCCCUCCAGCAGAUGGCGCGCAAGGUCAAGGCGACCAUUGCCACCUUAACGACUCUCAUUCUUUAUGUCUCCAUUAACAGCCUCGCCCGGACCGUCCGUCCCAACGCCUGGGUCUGGUACGAUGAGGACAGGGAAGAGCCAAGCUGGCUAGCGACCUCCGAGUCAUGGUUUGACCGCAAGGCCUGCCGCUGGCUCGGCGUGUGCGGUGCAACCCAUUUCCGUAUGGUCUCCGGACACUACGGGCAUCGCGAUCCGACGCGCUGGUCCGAGUUAAACGACGAGAAUUCGACGCAGAAGCCCUGGCGCGCAUUUUGGACUGGCGGGGCCGAUAAGCACAAUCAGUCCGAGUGGGAUGCCGACGAGCGGGCGCGACGGGAGAUCCCCGACUACGUCUUUGACUAUGCCCCACUCGUGCAUCUGUAUUCGGGCGAGCAGUUUUGGCCCGGGGAUAUCGCGGAGCAUUUGUAUCAUACGACGCCUAUGCUGAAUUAUACCCCGAUCCAGGCUCAAUGGGAUCAUCCGACGCUGGAAGAUUUGGAUGGGCUGAAUCAGUGGGAGGGUGGUCGGCAUGUGUUUUUGACUAGUGAUGAUGACCCCACUACGCGCCCGCCGUGGCUGGAAGGGGAGCAAAAUAUCCCCCGCGUGCCUGGAAAUGAAGACGACAACGGUGAUGACACUGGCAGUGCGCUAGAAGAGCCAUGGGCCGAUUGGGAUGGCCGAGUCGACGGUGCACUGCCAGACGAAAGCGAUGACGAUCGCGCCGAGUGGGAUGAUUUAAGACGAUAUACCGAAAAAGGACGGGAGCGCAUAGAGCAGGAACAGCUGGCGCGUGAAGCCAACGAAGCCAAUCGCCGCUUCAAGCAGGAAUUGAGGAAGCGAUACGGGGGUCACCCGCCUAUCCAGGAACCUCUUCAAGGGAGUCGCAACCAGGGUGCUGGAGGUCGCAGCGAAGCGCCGGCCGUCUUGCUGGUCAUGGACAAGGGAAACGGAAUUGUGGAUGCCUUUUGGUUCUAUUUCUACAGCUUCAACCUUGGGAAUACGGUCGUCAAUGUGCGAUUUGGAAAUCACGUUGGUGAUUGGGAACAUUGUCUGAUGCGGUUUCACAAUGGCCAGCCGAAAGGUCUCUUCUUCAGCGCGCAUACCGGCGGCGAGGCGUACCGGUACGAAGCGGUUGAGAAAAUUGGACGACGACCCGUCAUUUACUCCGCCGAAGGCAGCCACGCAAUGUAUGCCCACGCCGGCGUCCACGAAUACAUCCUCCCCUGGGGCCUCCUCCACGACAUCACAGACCGCGGCCCCCUCUGGGAUCCCGUCCUCAACUCCAAAAGCUACACCUAUGACUACGACACCGACGACCUCCGCUCUUCCACGGCCACCCCGGACGCGCCCACGGAGUGGUUCUAUUUCCGAGGCCACUGGGGUGAUAAAUUCUACCCGCUGGGUGAUUCUCGACAGUACCGCUUUGCGGGCCAGUAUCAUUAUGUGAAUGGACCGAUUGGCCCGCGCUUUAAACAUUUGAAUCGUCGCAAGAUGUGUCAAGGGCCUGAUAGUUCGACUUGUGUGAUUAGGAAUUAUAUUGGUGAGGCGAAGAGGGCUCCUAGAUGGGCGGAGGCUGGGCCCGGAGAUGAGGAUGAUUCGCGAUGA